GUUGGAGUUGUCAUGCGUGUGGUCCACCCGGCCCUUGUACUGGCAACAUGGCCGGUCGCGUGGGGUGCCUAUUUCCCUUCGUACAACAUCGAAGAGACAUGGCACCCUCCAUUGAUGCAGCCUUGGGAUAUGCUCCGGGCUGUAGCGGGAAGCAUCACAGUGACCUGGACGCCAGGGGCGAACACCACAGACGUGCCAUGGGUCGAACGUCUGAAGUCAUGGCCGUCGUGAAGUGGAACCCCUGGUGUGCCGUCGACCGCUACGAGUUGGAGGUGCGUCGGCCUUUAGGGCCGCCGAUGCGCUUCGCAGACUUGGAAUCUCUGAGGUACCGAGAGACGGACAUUGAUCAGCAAGAGAUCGAAACCUGGCCUGGCGGUGGCAACUGGGAUCUCUGGGAGACGAGCUACGUGGGCGUAGGUCGCGCAUACACGUUAUGGGUGCCCAAGCACACCGCGCACGCGGCACAGUUUCGUGUGCGUGCUUGUGGAAGCUCUGCUCGAAUGGGUUUGCCCACAGGGUGUAGUGCCUGGAGUCCAGUGCAGACCGCGUACACCGUGCUGAGUGCCGCCCAGGAGAAGGUGAACUUCAUGGUGCGUGGCAUGGGGAUGAAUGCUCCGGAUUACACGCAUAUCGAGGUGAACCGCCAGGUGAUCUACCGGCGCCGGGAUGAAACCGGACUGGUCUUGGCGGUCUUCCGGCGCCUCGAUUUCUCCCUCCAAUGGCUCAGGACUUACGACACUCAUCGAAAUCGAUCAGAGGCCUUGCUGAUGGCGGAGCACAUCCGUUUCUACAAUGCCUCCUUCUUGAUCGUGGUGGCCUCGACCAUUGCAUGGGAGUGGCAAGCGCCGCGCACGCUGGUUCAGACCAUGGAGUUCUGUGGAGCCUACCAUUUCGGGCAAUGGGCGUACACCUUCGCGGAACAGGUCCACUAUCGCUCGAAUUCCUCGGACCUGCAGCAGACAGCGUCCCAGGAACAAUUUGGGCAUCCAUAUGCCUUCAUCGGCAUUCCCGGCAUCGGCACAGCCAUGGGGUGGGAGUCGCUGAUGUACAACACCGGGCACUACCUGGCUCGCUCGGUGAAGACACAGCAGGCCAUCAUUCGGGGUGUCGCCUACUACGAUUAUGUGGCGAGACUCUAUCGCUUGCACGACGUCACAGCGACCAAGGCCACCUUCUUCCUCAAGGGUCAGCCGCCUCUUCCAGAGACCUUUCACAAUCCAAUCCCCUCGCGGAAGAAAGCUGCGCUGGACUUCUUCACCCUGGCAUCGAUGGAGCCCGCCUACGUGCCGUACAUUGGUACACUGCGGGAGCACAUCACCAAGGUUUUAGAGGCCAAUGGCACCGUGAUGCCCUACAAUUUCGCCUUCUACCUCCAGACCGACGCUAAGGUUCGUAAGGUGGACCCUCGGCCUCGCAGCUGGUGGGUCACAGAGUUGGAGCGUGUGUGGGGAGGGCACAGCAUGCGGUUCUGGUAUCACAACGGGACGGUCCUCAACGAUGGCGUCCGCUCCGUCGACAGGAGCUGUCCCAUGUUCAUCAAGCACAACCACCUCUUCGCAGAUCCCUUGUCCUGCGGCGUGAACUUCGAGGACUGCUGCGACCGAGUGGAUGUCCCGGACUUCCCGGUCACCGAGUGUGGUGUUGGUGUCUCACCAACCUUAUGCCGCACCGUGGAAUUGAUACAGGACGAUUGCCCUGGGCCAUUUGAGCUCACGAACAGGACGACCUUUGUGAAGUGGCCCUGUAACUUUCGAAUCAUCGACUGGAACGCCUGAGGGUCCCGGCCGGCCGCUCGCGUCUGGCGGGGUUACUUCGCCUGGUGAAGUUUUAGAUCG